AUGGUCAUGCUGUGCGCAUCAUCCGAUAGACACUUGGCGGCACAAUUGGAUAUAAGCAGUGGGCAAUUCGCAGGAGGCGCCGACCCUCGAAUUUGUGUGCAGAAGGAAGUUUACAGAAAUUUGGGAGGACCUUGGUAUCUCUCAGUUGGAAUAAUCCAAUCAGAGUCGAGUGAGAAACAAGGCGUAGCAUUAGCCAAUCAGCAGCAAGCUCGAGGCGAUGAAGUGGUCAGGUGCAGCAACCGCGAGAUCAUUCCAGACAUUUCUCCGUCCUUUCGCGCCUUCUCUUCAUCUCACGCCUCCUUUGCGCCAUCUGCGCCUUCUCGGACCGCAAUGUCCUCGUCCAGCUACCAUAGCGAGUUAAACAUCCCCGUCAAAAAGGAUCCUAGGACUUUUGAACAACAACGAGAUGAUAUGUUCAGCAAAUUGGAGAGGAGCUACAGUUCGUCCUCCAAGUCCACAGUUACGGAAGGUAGCAAGCCCACUGGCCUCAUAAAAUCUUCUGCCGGUGAUGCGGAAGACUGGGACUCCGAGGUUUCACGCUGGAUCUCCGAAUCAAGGAAGCGAUGGGGGCGGGACCUUAGUCGUAUGCGGCAGGACAUGUUCGCCUUGGAGGUAAGUCCUAGACUGUUUCUCGGGGUCAUCACCUUAAGUUGUUAG